CGACAGCUAACGCAUACACACAUCGCCAAUUUUGGCAUUUUCUCACAUAAAUUGCAAAUAGUGCGUGCAUUUUCCGCAUUUUCCCGCGCGCACUAGCAUCCGGCAGCCGUGAAAUUGAUGACCCCAGUUGUGGAAGAUAAGUAGGAAUGGAGGAAGAUUAUUCGGCGUCAUCUUCGGCCGGUGGCGGCGGCGCCGGAGGCAAGAAGUCCGGCGUGGGCAAGCAGCACAACACGCUGCCCUUCUGGGGCAACGAGACCUCAAUGAACCUGAAUCCGCUGAUCCUGGCCAACAUCCAGAGCUCCAGCUACUUCAAAGUUCACUUGUUCAAGCUGAAAACCUACCAUGAAGUGGUCGACGAGAUCUACUACCAGGUGAAGCACAUGGAACCCUGGGAGCGCGGAUCCCGUAAAACGUCCGGCCAAACGGGCAUGUGCGGCGGUGUGCGCGGCGUUGGCGCCGGCGGCAUCGUGUCCACGGCGUACUGUCUGCUCUACAAGCUAUACACGCUGCGACUGACCCGGAAGCAGAUAAACGGACUGCUCAACCACACAGACUCGGCCUACAUCCGCGCACUAGGUUUCAUGUACUUGCGAUACACACAGCCGCCGAGUGACCUGUACGACUGGUAUGAGGACUAUCUGCAGGACGAGGAGGAGAUCGACGUGAAGGCGGGCGGCGGCCAGGUCCUGACCAUCGGACAGAUGGUGUACCAGUUCAUGACCAAGCUGGACUGGUUCUCCACGCUCUUCCCGCGCAUCCCCGUGCCCAUUCAGAAGCAGAUCGAGAAGAAGAUCGAACAGUACUGCAGGGAGCAGGGUCUGACCGUCAACCAGUUGAGCACGGGCCGUUCAACGGCGGGUCAGGGCACGGGGGGCGGGGGUCCAGGAGCCGCCGGCCAGGAUGCGGACUACCAGGAGUACCAGGAGGGUGGCGCCGACACGGAUCGUGGCGGUGGCGGCGGCAACCGUGGUGGCGGACAAGCCAUGGCGGGCUCUGGCUCCCGACCCAACGCCUACCCACCACCGAUUAACUACCGCAACGAUCACGACGAUCGUGACUACUAUGCCCCCGCCUCGGGUUCGACAUACGCCCGUGGUCGCGGUGGCUACGAGGACUACCCACCGGCCCCGCUGCCGCCACAGAUGCCCUACGGAUCGGGCGGCGAGCGGGAAAGGGAGCGAGAUCGGGUGCGGGACAAGGAGAAGGAUUACGAUCGUCAUCGCAGCAAGCACAAAAGAAAGCACAAGCACAGACAGAGCUCGCGUAGCCGGAGCAGAAGUCGCAGCCGGAGUCGCCAUCGCUCCGAGCGGCAUGAGCGCAAGCGGGACGGCGGCGGAGGUGGAGGUGGGGGUGGCUACGAGCGGAGCACCAAGAGCCGUCACAACGACCACUACGAAGAGCGGGAGCAGCGACGUCACCGGUGAGGGUCGACCGAUCCCUAGCCCGAUUCUGAUCCCACCCACCAGACAAACCUACUCCUGCUUAAGUUGUUCUGCUACUAACUUACAAACUUUGUUUCCACCAUAACGUAAUCCUUUU